AUAAUUUCGAGUGGGCAAUGAAGUGGCACGUUCACCUGUCGGCACAGUGGAGAAGAGAACAAGGCUUCUCUCUUGUUCACAUUCAUAAUUUUGAUGAACAGUCAAGUCAUCUUCGCUCCUGAAGAAGAAGUAACCCUCUCCCUGAAUCUUGUUUCUGUCGAUUUCACACUUUUCAAUCAAGCUAACGUUUCUUGUGAAAUCUUUGACACCACCAUCAAGGUUUUAGGCAAUAUGUAUCCGUAGUGAUUUGAUUUGAGCAUUGUAGCAGGUGAUGGUUGUGCAACAAUGGCAAAGAAGAAAGGCUUAUUCACUGUAUUGAAAAGGAUUUUUAUUUCAGAAGCUAACUCAGAAAAGAAAGAGAAGAGAAGAAAAUGGACGUUUUGGAAGCUUAGGAUUAAAAAAAGAUUACCUUCCAUUACAGCACCUCCAGAGCACAAGGCAAGUAUCGAAUCGCACGAGGAACAGAAGGAGGAAAUUGUAUCAGAUGUGGGUGAGAUCAGCCAAGUAUCUUGUAGUCGUCAGUUAGAUUCCAUAGAAGAGUCAAAAGGUUCAACAUCUCCACAAACUGCUGAUCUAGUAGUCCAGUAUCAAAUGUUUCUUAAUAGACAGGAAGAAGUUCAUGCCGCUACUCGGAUUCAGACUGCUUUCCGGGGUCAUCUUGCAAGGAAAGCUCUACGUGCCUUGAAGGGAAUAGUGAAGCUCCAAGCAUAUAUUAGAGGUCGUGCUGUGAGACGCCAAGCAAUGACUACACUGAAAUGCUUGCAAUCUGUUGUGAACAUUCAGUCACAGGUCUGUGGUAAGAGGACACAAAUUCCCCGAGGUGCUCACAGAGAAUAUGAAGAGGGCAAUAUAUCCAACGAGAACAAUCUCAAGGUGGAUACAAACAGUCAAAAGAGAUGGGACGAUAGUCUUUUAACAAAGGAAGAGGCAGAGGCUGUGGUCAUGAGCAAGAAAGAAGCUUCACUAAGAAGAGAAAGGAUAAAGGAAUAUGCAGUCACCCACCGGAAAUCCGCGGAGUCAUACCAGAAACGGAGUAACACAAAGUGGAAGUACUGGCUAGACGAAUGGGUAGAUACCCAACUAACCAAAAGCAAGGAGCUCGAAGAUCUCGACUUCUCUUCGAGAACAAAACCUAAAGAGGAACCUUUGAAUGAGAAACAGCUUAAAACUCCAAGGAACUCAUCACCAAGAAGAUUGGUGAAUAAUCAUAGAAGACAAGUAUCAAUAAGUGAAGAGGAACAAAGCCCUGCCACGGUGGCUGUGACUACACCAACUUAUAUGGUUGCAACAGAGUCAGCAAAGGCAAAGUCAAGAUCGUUGAGCUCCCCAAGGAUAAGACCGAGAAGCUUUGACACACAGUCAGAGAGCUACUCGCCGUAUAAGAACAAGCUAUGCCUGACCACCUCUAUGAUGAGUGAAGCACCAAGCAAGGUGAGGAUUGCAAACAAUGGCAGUAAUACUAGGCCAAGUGCAUAUCAGCAACGGUCUCCGGGGUUAAGGGGAUUUAACAUAGGCCCUUUAAAAUCAUGCAAUAGUACUCUACUGAACGAUCUUAGCAUUAACUCGGAAAGAUCUCUACCCAGCUGGAACAAGCAGAGCAGCUUGAGAUGAGUGGAUUUUGAACCCUGUAUAUAGAGAUACAUACCGUUCCAAUGUUUAUUUUGAUGGUCACACUCACAUGUGUAUCAACCUUCUUUCGUUUUUUAUUUAUUUUUAUUUAUACUUGUUUGUUCAUCUCAA